UCUGCAGUGUAAAUGCAGGUUUGACGCUAUUGUUUACAACGGAGGUGCCAGUGAUUAUGUUUUUAAGUGUAUUACAACGAUGGACGAGACACGGAGGAACCUAGAUGAUGGAAAACUCAAGAAGGAUGCAGAGUUGCGGCAGAUUUGCGCGCCUCCCCCCGGGGGCCAGCAGGGGGCAGAGCUGCGGCGUGGUGCGUGUGCGGGGGCGCGUGAGGCCGCGCUGCAGCGGUGGAGAGAGCAGGUCCAGCGGCACCGGGGAAGCCCUGGGGCCGAUGCUCAGACGGGGCUUACGGACAGCCCCUUCCCCCACGGACAUGACCCCCUGAUGGAGAAGUACCUGGCCUCCCCAGCCCAGAGCGACUGCCCGCUGGGAGACACGGGGGAUUGUGGGUACUGGCGUGACUCUGCAGACCUGGACGGGAGCUCGGAGGAGGAGGAGGAGGAGGGGGAGUCGGGCACGGCCCUGCUGGUGCAGCAGUGCAGGGAGCUGGCCUCCCGGCUGGGCGAGAGGGAGGCGCAGCUGGAGGCCCUCCGGCACGAGGCCCGGCGCUCGGCGCAGGGGCUCCAGGAGGCGCUGGGGAAGGGCGAGGAGCUGACGAGGGCUCUGGAGGCCGAGAGGGAGCGCAGGACGCAGGGCGAGGAGCGGGGCCGCCGCGCCCUCCAGGCCGAGCUGCACCUCCUGCGGACCCGGCUGGGCAGGGAGGAGCGGGCCGCCGAGGAGGCGCGGGGCCUGGUGGCAGAGCUGGGCCAGGAGAAGGAGCUGCUCCUCGCGCAGCUGAGGGGGCAGGAGCAGCUGGUGAGGGAGGUGCAGGAGCAGAAGCUGGCCGGGGAUUCGGUGAGCAGCGAGGUCCAGGCCCUGUUCGGCCGGCAGCUGUCCGUGCUGCAGGAGCAGCGGGAUCGGGCGCAGGGCAUGCUGGACCUUCAGCAGGCCCGGAGUCUGACCGCCUCCCGGCUGCUGGGACAGAGGACCCUGGGCCUGGACUCUGCCCUCCAGCAGCUCCAGCAGCUCCAGGCCCGGCUGGCAGAGAGGGAGGGGAGAGAGCAGGGGCUGGCUGCAGAGAAGCAGGAGCUGGAGUCCCGGCUGCGCCACCUGCAGCAGCGCCUGGCGGAGGCCGAGCAGGCCGUGAGCGCAGGGCUGGAGGAGCGGGUCGGGCAGGAGGCCCGCGGGGGAGCGCUGGAGAUCCGGGCGAGGAACGCGGAGAACGCCCUGCAGACGGCGCGGUCCCAGCUGCAGGAGCGCGCCCUGGAGCUCCGCGGCCUGACGGCGGAGAGGGAGGCCGCCGCGUCAGAGCGGCGGGAGACGGAGGGCGCCCUGCGCGCGGAGCUGGAGCGGGUCCGCGAGGAGCGGAGGCAGCAGGUCGCCACGGAAACCCUGCUCCAGAGCGAGGCUGAGAAGCUGCACAGGGCGCACCAGGAGGAGUUGGGCCGGCUGACGGAGAAACACCAGCAACAAGUGACUGAGCUGGGAGAGAAGCAGAGGAAGCACAUCAUGCUGAUAAAAGAGGUCCACGAGCGGGAGCACGAGCGGGAGAUGGCAGAGCUGGCCGCCCAGCAGGAGGCGGAGCUGAGCCGCAUGGGGACGGAGCUAAGGGACAGCCUGGAGACCGCCCAUCAGACAGAGCUGCUGCAGGCGCAGACACAGCACGCUCUCGAGCUGGAGGCCCUUCGGCUGAGCCUGACCAAUCAGCACGCAGCCCAGCUGGAGUUGUCCCAGAAUGCCCUGCAGCAGCGCGAGGAGGAGGCGCUGAGAGAGCAGCGUGAGAACCUGAGCACCGGGUGGUCCCGGGACUCCUCCCAGCUCCAAGCACAGCAGCAGGCCGAGCUGGAGAAGCUACAGCAGGAGAACCGGGACCGGGCCCAGAGGGCCGACCAGCAGCACCGCCAGGAGAAGGACGGUUUGAACCGUGAGUGGGAAACUCGGCUGCUGAAGGAGAAGAUCUGUAUGGAGGAGCAGCAGGCCAAUCAGAUUGAGGCCCUGAGGGCGCAGUGGCAGAGGGAGUCGGACCAGGCCCUGCAGGAGGUGCAGACCUCCAGGGAAGAGGAGCUUCAGCGACUGCAGGAGGAACUGAGCCGUGUGCGUGCGGAGUGGCGUGAGGCUGCCAGAGUGAAUGCGGAUCUGGUGGCUGGCCACCAGGGGGCACUGCAGGAGCAGCAGGACCGGGCUCGACGUCUGGAGGAGCGUUUCAGCGCCAGCGCAGAGAGAGAGCAGCAGCUGCAGGAGCAGGUGGAGAGACUGCAGGCAGACCAUGUGACUCUGAAGUGGAGUUGGGAGCAGGAAGUGGGCCGUCUGCAGAACGAGCAGGAGGGUCUGAGGGAGCAGCUGCAGGCCCAGGCGGAGGAGGAGGAGGAGAGGAUGAAGAGGGAGCUGUCCCGCGAGCGGAGGGAGCUCCAGGAGCAGAAGGAGGCGGAGCUCGAGAGACUGCGCUUGCACUUCACGCAGCGGCUGCGCGUCGCGGAGGAGAGCCACAGAGAGGAGGUGCGUCUGCUCCAGCAGCAGCUCGCCGAGGGAAGCUCCGCCCCCCAGGAGGGGAACGCCAGCUUCCUGUGGGAGGGGGGUGUGGAUGAGGACCAGGCCGACAUGAUCGCAGAGAUAAACCUGAAGCUGGAAAAGCACAAGGAGGAGCUGGCCUCCUUGCGGAUGCAGUUGGAGGAGAGACACACUCAGGAGUUGGGUCACCUGAGGGCCAGCCUGGCUCUAUCUCACCGUGAGGAGCUCCUGCAGGUGAAGACUCACCUGGCCGAACGCUACCUGUCCCAGACCCAGGAGCUGGAGAGCCGGCACGCCCAGGAGCUGGACCAGCAGCGGGCCCGACUGUCCGAUAGACACGCCAAAGAGAUCGGACGGCUGCGGUUGCAGAGUGCCCAGGACGCGGCACGGCAGGUGGAGAGGGAGGUGCAGGAGAGGAGCAGGGCGGAGGCUCAGCAGCAAGGGGACCGCCUCAGAAACACCCAGGAAAAGGUGCUGGAUGGACAAAAUGGCCGCGCUACCCGCCUUGUCUGGAGCGCUGGACAGAUGUUGUGUUGUGUGUGUCUGUUUUUUCUUGGAAAGCUGAAGCAGGAGUUUGCGGAGCAGUUGCGUGUGGAGGUGCUGAAGGCCAGGGAGCAGGAGGGGGAGAGGGUGCGCCACGUGAUCUCCCAGGAGCAGGAGGAGGCGCUGGGCAGAGUGAAGGAGGAGCUCCGGAGCCAAGCGGAGGCCCAACUCUCUGCCCUGGGGCAGGAGGUCAGGGCGCUGCAGGAGCAGCUGGAGGAGGUGCGGAGGAGGCCACGCUCCCCUCGGGACAGUCCGGGGAGCGAGCAGGACCCGCGUCUCCUCGCCGUCAGGCAGAAGAUGGAGGCGCAGUUUCAGAGGGAGCUCCUCACGGCCAAACAGCUGAUGGCCGAGGAGGUGAAGGAGCUGAACGCGCUCCUGCUGGAGCAGGGGGAGGCCAAGCUGCAGGAGGCGCAGAGGAGGUUUGAGGAGGAGCGGAAGGAGCUGGAGCAGAAACGGGAGACGGCUCUUCAGGAGCUGCAAUCCCAGAAUGCUUUGCUGCAGGAGCGCUGGGCGGGGCUUGACCCCCUAAGGGCGGAGCUACAGGCCAAACACAGGGCGGAGCUAGACUCUCAGGAGGCGGAGCUGCUGGAGAGGAGCCACGCCCAGCUGCGGGCCCAGGAGGCGGAGCUGCAGCGGGAGAGGGAGGAGCUGGAGGCGCGGAUGCUUUCCAACAUGGACUCCCUGGAGACGGCCCUACUGCGGGAGGUGGAGGCGGCGCGGGGGGAGAGGGACGGGGCCCUGCUGGCCCUCAGGGGCCACACCGCCCAGCUGGACGGCCUGAGGACGCAGCACCAGGCCCAGCUCGGCCUCCUCUGCAUCGAGCUCCGGAAGGAGCUGGACCUGGUCCUCGGGGCCGAGCCCCCCAGCACAGCAUCUCCGGCGGGGCCCGGCCAGGUGAGCUCGCUGGGCUCCGGGACGUCCCGCCUGCAGGAGGAGCGGGAGGGAGAGCCAGAGAAGGAGCAGGAGGAGGGGCCACAGGAGACGCAGUUUGUGGACACUGGAGGGCUCACUCGGGAGCUGGGAGACCUGUUCUCCAAAUUGAAGGCUGAUCUGAGAGCAGCAGCUGAACAGAGGAGGGGCUUUCAGGAGGCCGUCGGGCAGCUGCAGGAGGUGCUGAGGGAGGUGGUGAGCAGCACUGUGGCCACAGAGGAGGAGAUCCAGAGGAGGCUAUGCACCCACGAGGAGCCCAGGGGGAGCUGUGGAGAGGAGGCGAGGGCGGUGCUUCCGGACCCCGCCCCGUGGUCGGUUCUGACGGACGGUGGUCUGAGCCGGUCUCAGAGGCUCUCAGAGGGCCUGUUCUCCGGGCCGAGGCAGGAGGGGCAGGGGCAGGGGCAGGGGCAGGUGCUGGGGCAGGUGCUGGGAGUCUCGGCCCGUUUGCGUUCUGCUGUGGACAGGCUGCUGGAUCUGCUGCAGGUGGAGUGGCAGCUCAGCCAGAGCAGAGAGGAUUCUGGGCAGCGCCGCCCCCUACAGCAGCUGGACCUGCUCAACGGGCCGGCUGAGCUCAGCUCAGUGGUGAACACUGCGGUGGAGGAGGUGCUCCAGCAGAAGGAGGUGCAGGAGCUGGUGCAGGAGCUGGAGGAGCAGGAGGCGGAGCUGCUGGCCCUGCGGGAGGAGAGAGCCCUGCUCCUCCGUCAGAGGGAGGCGCUGGCCGGGCCCCUCGGGGACACAGAGCGGGCGCUGUUGGAGGAGGCGCAGCGUCUCUUGCGGGAGAAGGGGGAGGUGCAGCGGCAGGCGGAGAGGCACUGGGGCCGGCUGGCCUCCCGUCUCCGCCUGAUGGAGGAGGAGGUGGAGGAGAGGGACAGCUCCAGGCUGCAGGAGGAGCAGGAGCACAAGGCCCAGCUGGAGGACCUCCACCUGCAGGUCCAGGCCCUGGAGAGGCAGCUCCGACACCACCGCCAGUUCAUCCAGGAGCAGGGUGUGGAGAGGGAGCAGGAGAGGGAGGAGUUCCAGCAGGAGAUCCAGGGCCUGGAGGCGCGGCUGAAACGCCCCUCAGGAGCCCCCCCCAGAGGCACGGAGGACAAGAUGGAGGAGCUGGUUCUCCAGGUGGAGGCCCUGCAGAAGGCCCUCAGGGAGAAGGUGGAGGACCACGCCCGGCUGCUUCUGACCAAGGAGAAAUACCGCGGAGACGUGUCGGAGCAGGACGAGCAGAUCCACACAAUGGCGGCUCGUAUCCGUGAGCUGGAGCAGGCCCUGCUCAGCACAGCCCAGCCCAGCCAGGCCCUGGAGCAGCAGGGUGCACCGCUGCGUCAGCUCUGCCCCGGCUGCCUGCGGACCGACAGCCUGCAGGGCAGCCCUGACGAGGCCUGGCCCCCCGGGGGGGAAACGGACCCCUCCCUGAGUCAGCAGCUGGGGUCCUUACAGGCGGAGGUGGUGAUGGAGAUGGAGCAGGCGACAGAGGAGGAGCUGCAGGAGGAGGUGCGGGUGCAAGAGGAGGUGCGGGAGGAGGUGCAGCAGCUGCGCUCCCAGGUGCAGCACCUCCUCGGCGACAGGGCGCGGCUGCAGCAGGGCUGGGAGGUCGAGGAGGAGCGGCUGCAGGAGGUCAUCCUCAGGCUGCAGGAGGAGCUGCAGCUGGAGCUGAGCCGCGCCCCCUGGGAGGAGACGCGGGAGGGGGGCGAGCAGAGGGGCGGAGCCCUGCGUCAGAGAGAGGCGGAGCUUGUAAAUGGCCGGGGGGCGGAGCCUCCGGUGAGAUUGGCGGGUGAGGGGCGGGAGGACGCUGGGGAACAGGACCGGGGCCCGUCUGGAUCUCAGGAGCAGGACCGGGCCCAAACGCACACCCUGGAGACAGGGCUGGGCAAGAGCCCGCUCCAGGAGGAAGUAGGAAGACUCAGACAGGAAAUGACAUCACAGAGAGCCCUCAUCCGGCGGCUGAACUCCCAGCUGGAGGAACACAGGGCGGUGCUGAUCUUUGCUGAGGAGACACUGGCCAAGGCAGAGGGAGCUCUGCGGGACAACCAGGCACAGCUGUCCCUGGGGAGGGAGGGGCCUGAAGCCCUGGAGGCGGGCCAGGAGGGCCUGGAGGCGGAGCAUGUUGUAUUGUGGGCGGAGCACGCCUCCUUAAAGGAGCAGUGUGUCGCUGUGCGGGAGGAUCUGACAGCACAAACCCAGCGUCAGCUCUGCCCCGGCUGCCUGCGGACCGACAGCCUGCAGGGCAGCCCUGACGAGGCCUGGCCCCCCGGGGGGGAAACGGACCCCUCCCUGAGUCAGCAGCUGGGGUCCUUACAGGCGGAGGUGGUGAUGGAGAUGGAGCAGGCGACAGAGGAGGAGCUGCAGGAGGAGGUGCGGGUGCAAGAGGAGGUGCGGGAGGAGGUGCAGCAGCUGCGCUCCCAGGUGCAGCACCUCCUCGGCGACAGGGCGCGGCUGCAGCAGGGCUGGGAGGUCGAGGAGGAGCGGCUGCAGGAGGUCAUCCUCAGGCUGCAGGAGGAGCUGCAGCUGGAGCUGAGCCGCGCCCCCUGGGAGGAGACGCGGGAGGGGGGCGAGCAGAGGGGCGGAGCCCUGCGUCAGAGAGAGGCGGAGCUUGUAAAUGGCCGGGGGGCGGAGCCUCCGGUGAGAUUGGCGGGUGAGGGGCGGGAGGACGCUGGGGAACAGGACCGGGGCCCGUCUGGAUCUCAGGAGCAGGACCGGGCCCAAACGCACACCCUGGAGACAGGGCUGGGCAAGAGCCCGCUCCAGGAGGAAGUAGGAAGACUCAGACAGGAAAUGACAUCACAGAGAGCCCUCAUCCGGCGGCUGAACUCCCAGCUGGAGGAACACAGGGCGGUGCUGAUCUUUGCUGAGGAGACACUGGCCAAGGCAGAGGGAGCUCUGCGGGACAACCAGGCACAGCUGUCCCUGGGGAGGGAGGGGCCUGAAGCCCUGGAGGCGGGCCAGGAGGGCCUGGAGGCGGAGCAUGUUGUAUUGUGGGCGGAGCACGCCUCCUUAAAGGAGCAGUGUGUCGCUGUGCGGGAGGAUCUGACAGCACAAACCCAGACGGAGGACAGAGCUCUUGCCAGCGAGGGCCCCCCCUCCGAGCUCCACUCCCCCCAGCGCUCAGACCCCUGCAGCCCCCUGUCCCAGGACCCCUCCCACCCCCCUGAGGCCUGGAGCACCCCCUUCACACCCUCCACCUCCACCCUGGACUCCCCGCACUCCGAGCAGGUGCAGACGCUGGACGAUCGGUACUUCACCACCCUGGAGGACUGGCCCAGCGAGGGAGACACCCACAGCGAGGGCUUCAGCUUGGAUCUGGACACCACGCUGCAGGGGCCGAUGGGUAAUGAGCAGGGCCUGAGUGGCAGCUUCCUGUGGUACCUGCACACGCGGGACAUGGCUGUGGAGGACCCCACCAACAGCGCCACAGAGAGCAUGGGCCAGGAGGAGGAGCUGCUCUCUACUGAGCUGCAGGACUUGCUGAGGAGGGUGUACAGGGAGGGCCACAUGGUCUUGUCCUUGUCCGAGUCAGAGCGCCCUGUCCCUGUCUCCAUGGCGACCCCCCAGGCCCCGCCCCCCGGCUGGCAGGCGGAGAGGCGGGCUCUGCAGCAGACGGUCCUCUCUCUCAGGGAGCUCCUGUGCAAGAUGGCCGCCAGAGAGCGCCAGGCGGUACUGAGCUGCGCUGGACCCCAGAACCUGGCUCUGCUCACAGAACAGCUGAAGAAGCUCCUCAGGCAGCAGGAGGAGCAGCGGAGGCAGCACCUGGAGCAGCUCUUCUGUGCAGAACGGCUCUCCCUGUUUGAGGAGGUGCAGAACCUGCGCUCCCUGCUGAGCACCUCCUCCCUGCGCACCCAGGAGCAGCUGCGCCUCCUGCAGACCUCCCUCAGCGCCUUCCACGAGGAGGCCAGCCAAUCCUGGCACGAGGAGCCCCUGGAAGGGCGUGGGACAGAGAGGCUGCUGGGAGGAGCGCCUCGGGACAGCGAGCAGAGGGCGGAGCCAGCGGGAGGGGCGGAGCUCAGCGCCCAGCUGCCUGAGUGCGUGUGCAGCCUGCGCAGAUGUGAUGCGCCCACGCAGACGCUCCAGGCGUUGCAGCUGUCUCUGGAGGAGCAGGCCUCUCAGAUGCUCCUGCUGAGGGAGGAGGUGCAGCAGGAGCGCCAGGAGAGCAGGAGGCUCCGGAGCGAGGAGUCCCACUGCCACGCCCUGAUCGCUCAGGAGAGUCUCCACGCCAGGGAGGCGCAGAGACAGCUGGAGGAGGAGAGGGAGCUCCACGCCCGCAGCCUGGAUCAGGAGGCGCAGAGGUACAAGGAGGUGCUCAGACAGCUGGAGGAGGAGAAGGCGAGGCACGAGGAGGCGGCCUCGCAGGACAGGAGGUUCAUGGAGGAGCUGCAGGUCCACCUGGAGCAGGAGCGCGCUCGGAGUGAGGAGCUGGCGGCCUCCUCAGAACGCCUGACCCGGCAGGCCAUCCGCAGCCAGCGGCAGCUGGAGCAGGAGGUGCAGAGGAGGUGCCAGGAGGAGACGCAGAGGGAGCAGGAGGCCAUGGAGCAUCUGCUGGUCCAGAAGCUGGAGCAGGAGCGGAGGAGAGCCGACCGGCUGCAGACACAGCUGCACCUCCUGCGACAGGAGCACAGGAGAGGGAGGAGGCAGGAGGUGCUGGGGGAGACUGAGCUACAGCUCACCGCCGACAUCGCAGACCAGCCCUUCAACAGCAAGUUGAGGCGUCUGUACUGUAAGUUCCUGAGAGCAGAGAGCUACAGGAAGGCCCUGGUGUUCCAGAAGCGGUACCUCCUCCUGGUGCUGGGCGGAGUCCCGGGCAGGGAGCGGUCCAAUCUGGGGCCCGUCGGCCACAUAGGGGCGUGCCCCUCGUCUGUGGCCCCGCCCCCCCGGCCCCACCCCCUCACGCGAUUCAGGACCGCUGCCCUCGCGGCCAUCGCCAUCACACGGCUGGCGCUGCUGGUGAGGAAGUGGCGGAGAGCUUUCCGGAUCGACCGGUCGGAGAGCGAGCCUCACCAGGGAGCCGGUGAGAAGGCCCCGGCAGCCGAGCCCAGCCGCUGCCCGUUCUCCAGAACUCCCUUCCCACCCGCCGCGCCCAGCCCCGCUCCUGUCCGUCACAUCACGCUGCAGCCCGUCGCCCAGGUAACCUCUCACCUGCGCUCUGGGUCAGCGAGCCUGCACACUGACUCAUUCAAAUUACAGCAGAGACAAUUACACAAUUACACUACAGCCGUUCAGCAGACGCUGAAGUGCUGGAGGACCCGAGAGGGAAGCUCGGUCCCCAGUGCUGGAGUGAUCACAUAG